AUGGUACUAACAGGUACUAAUAAUUUGCGAAAACGGAAGAAAAGCCAAUUGCAAUUCUGUUGUACACACAAUGUGAACUUGUUUAUCUCGGUGCUAUUGUCGCGCCUAUUGAGCACAAAUGAUGAUGGUGACAACAGCGACAACGAUGAUGAUGAUGACGAUGAUGAUGAUAUGGUGAAGGUAAUGACGACGAUGAUGAAUUGA